AUGUGGAAGCUUAUACAAUCUGAAGGUGACGAUCCUCGGGUUAAAAGCACCAAUAAUCAUAUUGGUAGACAAUUUUGGGAAUUCGACCCUAAUCACGGAACACCUCAAGAACAUGCUCAAGUUGAAAAAGUUCGUGACGAAUUUCAUGAGAACCGGUUUAAAGUCAAGCAUAGUUCUGAUCUGUUAAUGAGACUUCAGUUUGCAAAGGAGAAUGAAUGUGAGAGGAAGUUACCAAAGGCGAAAGUGAUCAGAAAUGAAGAAGUAGCAAGUGAAGAAGAAGUGGUAACCACAUUGAAAAAGGCACUGAGUUUCUACUCAACUCUCCAAGCUGAGGAUGGGCAUUGGCCUGGGGAUUAUGGCGGGCCUUUGUUUCUUCUACCAGGCUUGAUUAUCAGUUUGUCUAUGAUGGGGGCCGUGAAUGCAAUUUUGCCACAAGAGCAUCAAAUUGAGAUACGUCGUUACAUAUAUAAUCAUCAGAACGUAGAUGGGGGAUGGGGAUUACAUAUAGAAGGGCGCAGCAUUAUGUUCUGUACGGCUCUCAAUUAUGUUGCCCUGAGAUUGCUUGGAGAGAGAAUGGACGGUGGAGAUGGAGCCAUGGACAAAUCAAGGAAAUGGAUUCUUGAUCAUGGUGGAGUCACCUACAUUCCAUCAUGGGGAAAAUUGUGGCUCACUGUACUCGGUGCAUACGAGUGGAGUGGCAACAAUCCGCUACCCCCGGAGACAUGGCUCGUCCCGUACAUUCUUCCUAUACACCCAGGACGAAUGUGGUGUCACUCACGGAUGGUAUACCUGCCAAUGUCAUAUUUAUAUGGGAAGAGGUUUGUAGGGCCAAUGAAUGCCACUGUUUUAUCAUUAAGAAGAGAGCUUUAUACACUUCCCUACCAUCAAAUUGACUGGAACCAGGCCAGAAGCCUAUGCUCUAAGGAAGAUCUGUAUUACCCACACCCUAUGCUACAAGAUAUGAUCUGGAGUGGUUUGCAUAAGGUUGUAGAACCUCUUCUCAUGCAAUGGCCUUUUUCUAGGCUAAGACAGAAGGCACUGGACACUGUUAUGCAGCAAAUCCACUAUGAAGAUGAAAACACACACUACAUAUGCCUUGGACCUGUCAAUAAAGUGCUAAACAUGGUUUGUUGUUGGGUGGAAGAUCCAAAUUCAGAGGCAUCCAAAUUGCACAUCUCAAGGAUCAAAGAUUAUCUUUGGGUGGCUGAAGAUGGCAUGAAGAUGCAGGGCUAUAAUGGAUCUCAAUUAUGGGACACUGUUUUCGCUGUUCAAGCUAUACUUGCAACCAACCUUACUGAUGAAUAUGGUUCAAUGCUCAAAAGAGCACAUGAGUUCAUUAAAAUCUCACAGGUCAGGAGAGAUAGCUAUGGCAAUCUUAGUUCCUGGUACCGACACAUUUCUAAGGGCGGAUGGCCUUUCUCUACACCGGACAAUGGUUGGCCUGUUUCAGAUUGCACUGCAGAAGGUUUGAAGACAGCACUCUUGCUAUCGAAAAUGCCAGACAACAUUGCUGGAGAAACAAUAGCACCAAAUCAGCUACACGACGCAGUUAAUCUUAUUCUCACUCUUCAGAACAACAAUGGAGGAUUUGCAUCAUAUGAGCCCACAAGAUCUUAUGCAUGGCUGGAGAUAAUCAAUCCGGCAGAAUUAUUUGGAGAUGUCAUGAUUGACUAUCAGUAUGUAGAAUGCACCUCAGCAGUAAUUCAGGGACUUAAAUUAUUCAUGAAAUUGCAUCCAGAACAUCGAAGAAAGGAAAUAGAGGCAUGUAUUGCAAAAGCACUCGACUUCAUUGAGACCAUACAGCUACCUGAUGGCUCAUGGUACGGGUCUUGGGGAGUCUGCUACACCUAUGGGACAUGGUUUGGGAUAAAAGGGUUGGUGGCUGGUGGUAUGACUUAUCAAAAUAGCUAUAGCAUCAGAAAAGCUUGUGAUUUCCUACUAUCCAAACAGCUCGACUCUGGAGGCUGGGGAGAAAGCUACCUUUCAUCCCAAAACAAGGUAUACACAAAUAUUGAAGGGAACAAUCCGCAUAUAGUAAACACUGGAUGGGCAAUGUUGGCUCUUAUUGAAGCUGGGCAGGCCCUGAGAGAUCCAAACCCAUUGCAUCGUGCUGCGAAGGUGUUGAUUAAUUCCCAAAUGGAAAAUGGAGACUUCCCACAGCAGGAAAUAAUAGGAGUCUUCAACAAGAGCUGUAUGAUAAGCUACUCUGCCUACAGAAACAUCUUCCCCAUAUGGGCCCUUGGAGAAUAUCUCAAUCAUGUUCUACUACCUUCAAGAAAAUUUUAA